CGUUUUCCGCGUUGGAAUGCAAUUUCACCAGAGAAGCCAUGUCCUCAAAGCUACUGACUUUCUCUCUGGCUGAAUCCAUUAUGACCUGAAUCCGUCAUGAGGAGCAGCUGCAUAUCGUCAAGCGCUUCCUAGAGACAUCGUUCUCCUCACAGUUCUGGACGGUCAUUCUCAGAUAUGGUCUUCGUUCGCUCAGUGAUUCUACGAGUUUCUCCUGUUUUGGGCAGCAGUUUCUACGUGCGAAGAGCGAGGAGAAAUAUCACCGUGGCCUUCUUCGUUGGACUCAUCACCACUGGUCUUGUCCUAUCGUGCUUGUCGUUCGGGGACAAGGCAACAGCUUGCAGCGAUGUACCGACCGAUAAUGACACAAUAUCGACGCAUGCGAAAGUGACGGGAAGGAGGCCGUCCGUCAGGCCAGGUUUCACCAUUUUAACGCCCAGCUACAAACGGGAGUCACUUUUGCCAGCCUUUCUGAGCACUUAUGCCUCUGGCAACAUACCGUCGUUGACGUCUGUCAUCAUACAAUGGGUUGAUCAGGACUCUGCACCGUCCGACGGAUUUGCUCAAUCCCUGGCUAAAUACCCCGUUCCUGUGUACAUUGUUCGAACCGUGGAUCGGUCUCUGAACGAUAGAUUCCGAUGGCCAAUCCCUUCUUCCAAGGUUAUUGCUUCGAAUGUGCACGAGCAAGGCAGGAGCUCCCUCUCAGAUGCGGAUGUGGUUCUAUCUAUCGAUGACGACCUCACGUUCAACGUUGUAGACAUCGAGGCCGGGUAUCAGGUGUUCCAUGAAUAUGCUUCACUAGGUAACCCUCGCAUGGUCGGUUAUUUCGCUCGAGACAUCGAGUCGGGUCUCUAUCAUUACCCUGCGAGACCGACGUACAAUAUCGUUCUAACCAAGGGCGCAUUCCUCCUCACUGAGUGGCUCACAGCGUAUUGGGCAGAUGACCUGGCCCAAGUGCGCGACUAUGUCACACCGGGUCAACCAGGACGAAACUGCGAGGACAUCUUGAUGUCUUAUGUUGUCGCAAACAAGACAGGUCAUCCUCCCUUGUUCUAUGAGGCUGUAGGCGUGGACGCGGGCGAUAGGAAGGAGAAUCAUGGUAUAUCCAUCAACCACCCGAACCUCUUGUCGCACCGAACGACUUGCGUACAACUUUUCGAGAAACACUACGGGGGAAGCCCACUCGUCAGCACAUCUGUACAAAUACGACGGCGACUGCAGCCCUUGACGGCCCAUCACUAACUUUGUACUCAAAAUCGCAUCAUGGGACUCACAGCAUGUGGGGCCUCGUUCGCAGACAGUUCACAUAUCGGAGAUGGGCAUGAAUGAUCUCUCCGUACUCGAUAGCUCACACAUCCCAGCAAAUGUCCCUCAGUCGCGCAGAAAAGGUGGCUCCGGAAUCCUGGCCUGUGAAAGGCCCCGUUCUACAAUUCCGCAUUCGGAGCCGUGGGCAAAUACGAGAACUCUGUCCUCGGAGACGCAGGCAAUGAGGUACGGCGCUUCUUAGACCUCCAAUGUCU